UCCGCGACACUCUUCUCGUCCAUCAACUCCCUCCUCUCCUUCUCUCUUCUCUUUCUUCUGUAUUUGCCCUAACCUCUUUCGCUGAACAUAUCAACAUAUACUCUCAUCUCUAUCGCUUUUUACCCUCAUCCACAUUCUCCCUGGCGAACGGUGGACGAAGAAAGAGGACUCUGCGGUUCCAAAACCCUAGAAAUCAGAAAGGUUUCCAUACAUUCUGCUCCUGAAACUUCUGAAAGAUCAUCAAGAGCCUCGCAGGGGUAUUGCUGACGGGUCUGGCAAGAAAUGGAUCCAGGUCGCUAUGGUCUCCAGCAAGGAUGGGAUAAUAACAGCGCUUUGGAGGGGUAUGGAGCUGUUCAUGACGCAAACUUCCGGGUUGGUGGUUCAUAUGAUGAUAGGAGGUUCCUAGAUGAGCGGUUCUCAAGGGAUAAUGUCUAUCCAAGGAAUGCCUUCCAUCGAGAUAUACUAGAGAGAGAGAACUACCCCCCUCCUCCAUCUGCAGUUGGUCUUUGGCCUCAAACAAGAAGAAGAAGCUAUGAGGAGGAAUAUUCACUUGACAGGGAAUCUAGACGACAUGAGAAGCCAUACCUGGAUUCUUACCAUGAAAUGGAUACUUUUCGUGAAGCGGACAAGUACCAUGAAGUUGAUACAUUUCAAGAAUAUGAUAAGUUUCGGGAUGGCUAUCGUGGUAUUGACAACUACCGUGAUCAUGGAUUUGAUAGGCCUUCUAGGUUUGGGGCACGUGAUCGAGAUGAUCAUGCAUACGAUGAUUAUGACUAUCGAUCUCGUCUUUCUCAUCAAAAUAGGGAGGAUAGUCGUGAGAGGGACUAUGACUAUGGCAGACAUAGUUAUGAUUCUGAUUAUGAUAGAGGUAGUAGGAGAGACGGUAAUUGGAGGAGGCGUGAAUCACGUGACCGUGAGCGGGAUAAGAGAGGUUUGAGUCGAGAAAGAGAUCAGAGUCCGCAUAGAAAGCAUGAGCGUUCUAAGUCUCGUGGACGUGAAGAUCGCCCUAGGUCAAGGUCUCCUCGUGGUCGGAGCCAUGGUCGAAGUCAUCGAGAGGACAGCUAUGAUGAUGGUCGACAUGAAAGGAGUGAAAAACGAAGGGAUCGUGAAGAUAAACGUCAACAUGAACAUUAUUCUGUGGCCCCUUCUGCUACUGUUGUUGUGAAGGGUCUAUCACAGAAGACUACUGAGGAAGAUCUGUACCAGAUCCUUGCUGAAUGGGGACCCCUUCGGCAUGUUCGUGUGAUUAAAGAACGAAGUUCUGGCAUAUCUCGAGGAUUUGCUUUUAUUGAUUUUCCUUCUGUGGGAGCAGCACGUGCGAUGAUGGAUAAAAUUGGAGAUGAUGGUCUUGUUGUGGAUGGCAGGAAGCUUUUCUUUGAGUACAGUAGCAAGCCAACUGGGGGGGCAGGUGGACCUUUUGGACAGGAGAACACAUUCAAAUCAGGUCAUAUUAACCAUAAAAGCAUGACAGUACCAUCAGACUGGAUGUGCAUCAUAUGUGGCUGUGUCAAUUUUGCCCGGCGUACAUCCUGCUUUCAGUGUAAUGAAGUCCGGACUGAUGAAUCUCCACCAGCAGAUAUAGCAUCAUCAAAUGCAACAUCACUAGGAAAGAAAGGAUCAGAGGCAGGUCCUAUCCAUGUUUUGGUUGUUCGAGGUUUGGAUGAAAAUGCUGAUGAGGAAAUGCUUCGUUAUGAAUUUUCUAAACAUGCUCCAAUCAAGGAUCUUCGACUUGUUCGAGAUAAAUUCACUCAUGUAUCAAGGGGAUUUGCAUUUGUACAUUUUCAUUCGGUAGAGGAUGCUACCAAAGCUCUUGAAGCAACAAAUGGAACAACUCUGGAGAAAAAUGGGCAGAUUUUACGGGUAGCUUAUGCAAAAAGCAUUCUGGGUCCUGGAUCAGGCACAACAGGAUCUUCACAAUCAAGCAGCCUUGCAGCAGCUGCAAUUGAGGCAGCUACAUUUGCUCAACAAUAUGAUGCUGUUGGAUGGGCGCCUAAAGAAUAUAAUCCAGAUGACAAACAGUCUACUGGUGGGCAGGAUCGAGGAAACGGUGACCCUGCAGGUCAAAAGGAUGGUUCAGCUCCACAGUCUGGUUUUGUGUGGGAUGAAGCAUCUGGCUAUUAUUAUGAUGCUGCUUCUGGGUUCUACUAUGAUGGAAACACAGGCCUGUAUUAUGAUGGUAACGGUGGAACAUGGUAUUCUUAUGAUCACUCAACUCAGCAGUAUGUCCCUUGCACUGAUCAGAAUGACACUAAGACAUCUGGAAAACAAUCUGAGUCUUCUAAGGCAUCAGAUAGUUCUAAUAGUAGAAAAGUAGUUAUCUCUGCACCAGCUGCUACCAUAACAUCGAAUGAGAAAGCUGCCUCACUGCCAGAUGCUGUCCAGGCUGCUGCUACAGCAGCAAUGGCUGCAGAAAAGAAAGAGAAAGAGAAGUUGAAAGAAAUAAAACUUGCUUCCAAGAGCAGCAUUCUGGCUAACAAAAAGAAAAUGAGUAAUGUACUGACAAUGUGGAAGCAGAGGAGUCAUGAAGGGCAAGCAACCCGCGUGGCUCUUGAUGACAACCAGCCAUCUGCUGCAGUUGAUGACAGACCCAAUUCUAUUGGGCCAUCCCCGAAAGGCAAGUUCAGAACUGAUGUGGUGACUACAAAGGAGCAUACAGCAGCCUCUGGAGGAUUUACUACAAGCACUUCUGCCCUGACUGUUGGUUUGGAGUCUCAGGUAAAGGCUAGGCCUGUGAGUAACAGCUUAGGAGGAACUGUGAUGGGAGUAAUCAGGGGAUCUGGAAGAGGUGUAGUGAAAUCAGAUACCUCAUAUCUGGGAUCAUCAGGGGGAGUUUCUACUUCUGCUCCUGCUGCAUACACUUCAGGUUCAUCUUCAUCAAUAAAUUCAGAUGCAACCUUGACAACCCCUUUCAGAACAGAUGCAUCUGCGUUGGGUUCUUAUACUCCACCUGUGGCUGCUGGGAGUGGCAAGAGGAGGUUUUCUGAAAUGCCUGUACAGUUGGCUUCUACUCAGAAGGAACAGCCUCAUACUACUUAUAGGGAUCGUGCGGCUGAGAGAAGGAGCUUGUAUGGUUCAUCAUCUUCUACUGGGGACAGUCUGUCUGACCUUGGGAUUGGGGACUCAACCCGUGACUCAGCUUUCAAAAAGGGUUCUCUAGAUUCAAUGCCUUUCCCCCCUGGUGUUGGGGGAGGGCGCGGGAUGGGAGAUGCUAAUGGAAAUGUUCAGAGUUAUGAGGUGAUUACAGCGGACAAAGCAAUUGAUGAAAGCAACGUAGGCAAUCGGAUGCUUCGUAGCAUGGGAUGGCAGGAAGGCUCGGGUUUAGGAAAAGAUGGGAGUGGCAUGGUAGAGCCGGUCCAGGCACAAGCCAUGGAUAGUAGAGCUGGACUUGGGAGUCAUCAGAAGAAGUUGGAUCCGGGUCUUGAGGUGCAGCCUGGGGAUAGUUAUAGAACUCUCAUUCAAAAGAAGGCACUGGCCAGGUUCCAAGAGAUGUCUUAAAGACUAUUAGUUGAAAGCGCACAGAGAGUAAGCAGGGUCAUAUUCUGGGAGGAAUCAAGGAAGAUUGGGCCUGAGAGCUUCAUAGUUUGGCAGCCAACAAGUGGUCUCUAGUGUAAAGAAAUGCUCAACUCAAUUGGGAAGUUGUUUGACUCAUUUUUCUGCUGUAAUUUGUAAAAAAAUACAAAUUAUUUAAAGCUUUAAAAUUUUGUUUAACUUGGCGUGGUCAGUUUGUCUCUCAAAAGCAUAUUUACCGA